AUGUCGCUCCCAGGACACACAUUCACACCGCUUUUCAGCCACGUGCUCCCCACAGACAGCAGCAAGGUAGUAGUAGGACUCAAGGUGCGCUACGAAGGAGGCGCGGUUACACCUACGCACCACCACGGUGAGGCGUUCGUCGUUGGUACAGUCCUCAGCGGAACCAUCCGCAGCGUCGUCCACCAACCAGGCGCGAAAGAGGCAGAAGAGGAGAAGAUUCUCAGCACAAACGAUACCUGGUCAGAACUGCCAGGCGCGCUGCAUGCAGUCUCGGCAAACAACAGCCAGACUGAACCAGCUGAAUUUAUGGCCGUGUUCGUCGCUCCGAGUGAACAGAGCGAAUUCGUCGUUUUCAACUGCGAAAUGUGCAAAGUUGCAAAAGACGCAGCAGGCCAGGCCAAGUGA